AUGUCGCACUUCUUUGACCAACAGGAAGUGCUGAGUGACGGAAUGAGCUACUCAAGACUUUUCUUUUGUCGAGGAUGGCCUUAUCUGACCCAGGAUACCAAUGAUUUUCAGGAGUCAAUGACCUUUGAAGAUGUAGCUGUAGACUUCACUGAGGAAGAAUGGGCCCUGCUGGGUACAGCCCAAAGAAAGCUGUUCAAAGAUGUGAUGAUGGAGAAUAUCGAUUCUCUGGUCUUCGUGAGGAAUCAUCUUUGCAAAUCAGAUGUAAUUUCCAGGCAAGAGCAAGGGGAGGAACUGUGGAGAGGAGAAGUAGAAUUUCAAGGUGAGAAUUCGGUCAGACAAAGUGUACGUAAGAGAGAAGCCAUGAUAUCCUGCAAUAAAGACAUACCCCCCAUCAUGGUAGUGCAGAAAUCUCCUACUGAAGCAAAUCCCUUUGAAUGUAACAAUAAGGGACAAGGUUUUACUGACAUCACCACAUUGACUCAACAUGUGUUAAGUCACAUAGGAGAGAAACAAGAAGUUGGCAAAGAAUUUGGAAAACCCCUUAGUGACCAGUCAUUCUUAAAUCAGCGUUCACAGAAUCACACGAGAAGUAAACCAUAUAAGUGCCAUUUGUGUGGAAAAGCCUUUAUUCAAAGCUCUGACCUUAUACAGCACAUUAGAACUCACACAGGAGAGAAACCAUAUGAUUGCUGUUUGUGUGAGAAAACCUUCAGUACCAUAUCUAGCCUUAAAAAGCAUGAAAGGAUUCACAGUGGGGAAAAGCCAUAUGCUUGUCAGCUGUGUGGGAAAGCAUUUAGUCAGUGCUAUGAACUUAGAAGCCAUGAGAAGAUACACACUGGAGAGAAGCCAUAUGAAUGUCGUAUAUGUGGGAAAGCUUUUAUUCAGAAGUCUUGCCUCACACAACACACGAGAACUCACACAGGAGAGAAGCCGUAUGAUUGCCAUUUAUGUGGGAAAACCUUCAGUACAAAGUCGAAUCUUCGGAAACAUGAGCGGAUCCACACUGGCAAGAAGCCAUAUAUUUGUGAACUCUGUGGGAAAGGUUUUAGUCAGGCUUAUGAGCUUAGAAGUCAUGAGAAAACACACACCGGGGAGAAACCAUAUAAAUGUAGUAUAUGUGGGAAGGUCUUUAUUCAGAAGUCUUGCCUCACACAACACAAUAGAACGCACACUGGAGAGAAACCCUACGAGUGCCAUCUGUGUGGGAAAGCCUUCAUGAAUUGUUCUAACUUGAGACGUCAUGAGAGAAGUCACUCUGGAGAGAAGCCAUAUGGAUGUCAGCUGUGUGGGAAAGCUUUCAGUCAGUGUUCUGAACUUAGAGAUCACGAGAAAACCCACACUGGUGAGAAGCCGUUUCAGUGUAACGUGUGUAGGAAAAACUUCAGCAGAAGUUCUAACCUGAGACUCCAUGAAAGAAUUCACACUGGAGAGAAACCAUACAAAUGUCAUGUGUGUGGGAAAGCCUUCACCAGGAGUUCUAAUAUGAAGCUACAUGAGAAUUCACACUUAAGAGAAACCAUGUUUGUCAACUAUGUGUAA